CUGAAUAAGGCAGUGCUCCUCACUUUUUUUUCAACCUUUUUAACCCGUUGUUUUCCAGUCACAAGAGUUUCAAGCUGCAGCCUCCAGAUGAAGCGGUGAAAAUUGUGAUUUAAAAAAAAAAAGUGUUCCCCCCUAACAUUUCACAUUACAUCAUCAAGGCUGCCGGGACAAGAGGAGGAGAGACUGCUGAGGGUGACAGAAACAUCUCCCCUCCUCCUUCAUCGUUCUCCUUCCCAUCUUGGGUGGUUCCUGUAAGUCGCCUCCACUCGCUCUCCAAACAUGCAUCCUUAUGAAGCGCUGCGGUGUGAGGUGUGAUGUCAAGCCUGAGAUCUCACAGCUGACCAGUAAACUCUGAAGUGGACCCAGGAGAGGCUGAAAACUUUUAAGAAGCCACAAAAGUUUGCCCCCUGAAAACAGAUUUGCUUCUCGGAAAUGGAGUCAAAAACUCAUGUUGGAUCAGCAGUAGAGACCAGCGUAGAACUGUCUGCUAUUGAAGAUGAAGAAGUUCUCAACAAGAUGCUGGAUAAUGCAAAAGAUUUUGAAGAGAGAAAGAUUUUACGUGCUGCAUUAAGGGACCUGCUCAAGAAAAAGAGAGAUAAGCGAGAACAGGAUCGAGGGUCGAGGCAGCAAGACUUGAGGCAGCAGGGACUGAGUAAAGGAGGGACGACCGGUGGAGCUGUAAGCAUCGGCAGAGCAUCCAUGAACCAGCAGCCUCCAACAAAAAAGACGUCAGGCCAGGCCUCUCCAUCAGUAGGCAGCAAGACCAGUCCUGCUGUAUCCUCAGCCCAGAACUGUCCUUCUCCUGCUGCAGCACCCAAUGCUAAAAAUGUCAAACAGAUGCUUCUGGACUGGUGCAGGGCCAAAACAGAGCCAUAUGAGGGGGUGAACAUCCAAAACUUCUCCUCAAGUUGGAAGGAUGGUAUAGCCUUCUGCGCCUUGGUGCACCGCUUCUUCCCCGAUGCAUUCGAGUAUUACAUCCUCAACCCCACCAAGCCCAAGGAAAACUUUCAGCUGGCUUUUAGCACUGCCGAGAGGCUGGCUGGCUGCCCCCCCCUGCUGGACCCUGAUGACUUAGUCCGGAUGAAAGAGCCUGACUGGAAGUGUGUGUACACGUACAUCCAGGAGUUUUAUCGCUGCCUGGUGGAGAAAGGCCUGGUGAAAACCAAAUCGCGAUCGUAGACUCUGAGAAGUCAGAAAAGCUUUGAUAAUCAGCUGUGAUUUUAUAAUUUACACAAUCAACACGCACAAGCUGAGAUCAAAAAGAUAAUGCUACGCACGUUUUUACAUUUCUGAGUAGAUAUUACGUAUUUAAUGUGUCUGGGUGAUGACUAUUCACAGUGCCUUAUGUGUAGCCUUUGUGUGGUUGUAUUAGAAAGGACUUGUGCUCUCAGUGGACAGCUGGCGCUUGGGUUAAAUGCAUUCCUCUGAGAUUACACAUCUGCAAUAAUCCCAGUCAGCGCUAUAGAGACUCUGGGAACACAUUUUAUCAUGAUGCUGUUGAGGGCCUGAGGGUGUGAGUAUUAAAAAAGCAUUUAAUAAAAAUCCUUCUGUUA